AGAAGGAAGGGCGAAAAUUGAUCAAAUCGACUGAUUUAGGGUUUUGUGUUUUUUCUGAAAUCGAAGGGUGGAAGAGCUAUGGGUUACGUGCUGCGAGUAAGAUUGGCGUCGUUCUUCACCGGCGCCGCCGUAGCAUCCGCCGGCGGUCUCUAUUUUCUCCAGAAGGAUUACAAGACUGCCCACCACGCUAUCUCUCAACAGGUUAAUAGCCUCUACGAGUCUCUGGAAGGACGUGUGUCGGCAUUGGAGAAGUUGAAGAACGAAGCUGAGGCACCGAAGCAAGUGGAAGCUGCUGAAUAGAAAUGCUGGGCUUUACGUUUUUUUGUCUUUGUGAGAUGUUGUAAUUCUUUUCUUUUUGUCUGUUUUUAGGCUUUAGUUUCGUCAAACGGCUUUAAUCAGUACUGACUACUGCGUUCGAACAGCCACGGUAAGAUAUGGGAAGCAUGUGUGGUUAUUAACCUAAGUUCGUUUGUGAUGCUGGGAAAUAUGAAAUAAAUCGUGAAUAUGCAGUAACUCGGAAUGCUUUUAGUUUGAGUUUGUUCUGCAUAGCUUUUUGGUUAAUACUUUUGAUUUAUUUUCA